AUGAGUGAUAGCAGUGAUUCAAAUAAAACGUCGCAAUUUCAAGAUGGACAUAGCGAAAAGGUGACCUUUCGUCGAACGCCCAAAGUGCGCGUUUCCACUGCACGACAAAUGACGUCCGACAUUUCAACGAUAAAUUUGAAAGUUCCCGUUUUUGCACCAGACGACCCGGAAAUAUGGUUUGCUCUUCUAGAAGGUCAGUUUAACUUGCAUAAUAUCACAGAUGACUCAGAUAAAUUUACAUACGUAACUUCCAGUCUUGACGUACAGCAUGCAAAAGCCGUGAAGGACAUAAUUUUAAAUCCUCCGGCCAGUAAACGCUACGAUAAAAUUAAAACCGAGCUGAUCAAACGUUUAUCUGCCUCGCAUGAGAGAAAAGUCAAGCAACUUUUGACACACGAGGAACUUGGGGAUAGAAAACCGUCCCAAUUUCUGAGGCAUCUUCAAGAUCUUGCUGGAUCAUCAGUUCCUGAGGAUUUAUUAAGGACUAUUUGGAGCAACCGACUACCACAAAGUAUCCAGACCGUGUUGGCAUCGCAAACUACCCAUUCAUUGGAACAACUCUCGGACCUGGCUGACCGAAUUCAGGAAAUUACCACACCUUGUCACGUUGCAGCCACUUCAUCAAGUAUGUCAUCCUCUAAUAGUUCAUCCCGGGAGAUCGCAGAGCUGAAGAAGAUGGUUGAGCACCUGGCAUUAAAGCUCGAAGAACAUACCAAGGCAUCACAUCGACCCAGCCAUCGUUCUCGAACGCCACGACGUCGUCAUUCUUCACGACAACGAUCGAGAUCGAACUCCAGCUACCGCAAGUUCCCUAUUUGUUGGUACCACUCAAUGCAUGGAGCCGACGCACGUAAAUGUUUGAAGCCGUGCGACUACAAGGCGGGAAACUCCAUGGGCAGUCGGUAA